GUUACGUUUCAGUGGGACCUGAGGUGGGACUUUGUCGCCCAGGAUCAGCGCCACCUGUGAGCCACCAUUAGCGCUUACUCACACCACCACACACUUUAGGAUGGCGGGAGAAAGUGUGCCAGAAGGUCCGGACCUGAAGGAGAAGGGCGAGGAAGAACUGUGGGAACUCAUUAAUGACAACCGCCAUCGGAUCUCCUUGGGAGUGCGGCCGUGCAUUGUGAUCCCGUACCUCAGACAAGCCAGGGUCCUCACCGAGAUGGACGAGGACGAGAUUUUGUCCUCCCACAACCUUACCAACCGCUCCAUGAGAACAAGCCACAUGAUGGAUCUACUUCGAACGCAGGGUAGAAACGGUGCUGUGGCUUUACUGGAAAGCCUGAUGAUCCACUACCCGACCUUGUACACUCACGUUACAGGACGCAAACCCAGCUCUGAACCGUCAAGAUUCAGUGGCCUGAUAAAGUACUCAGAACUGACCGAGUACCUUAUCCGAGCAGUCACUGCCAUGCAGAAUGAGCUUCAGGAAGCUCGUAGCGAAAGUGGAAAAAUGAACGCUCGCUGUGCCUCCUUGGAGUCUGAGAUCCAGCUGGUUAUGGAGCGCGAGGAGAACUCCAGACGCCUUCAGGCUGAGUAUGAGCGCCUACAGAGACACGUGAGCACGCUGCAACGGGAAGUCACCAACCUCAAGGACGAAAAGUGCGACUUGUACAUGCGCUACACUGCAGCCAUCGAGGAGAAAUCGACCAUGAAUAUGCGCCUCCAUGACCUCAACCUGCAGACAUAUCAGCUUCAAACAGAACUGCAGAAGGCCCAGGCGGAUAGCGACUUCCAAAAACGGCGCUCUCUUAGAUGUGUCCCUCUGGCUGAAGCCUCCCAACUUCAAGAAGAAGUGAGGACUCUACGCUUUCAGCUGAUAAAGAUAGAAAAACUAAACCCGGUUCAACAGGCCAUUCUGCCCCAUGACGUAGCCGAGGUGAUUGACUGCCAGGCGGAGCUUGUGGAGAAGCUCAGUUGUUCCAGAGAAGAGAAUGAAAAGUUGCACAAAGAAAAUCAAGAUCUUCUGGAUCAGAGUGAAGGUCUGACCGUCCAAGUGCAUCAGCUGACCCUGGACUGUAACAUGCACCAACAGAAGAGCACUGUGAUCCAGAACCAGAUGAGAGAGUUGCAAACGGAAAGAGACCAAGCAUUCCUCUCCAGAAACGAAGCACAGAUCCAGAUAGCCUCCAUUCUGGCUGAAAAGGACACCCUGAGGUCUCAGAUAAUGGAGCUCAAGAAAGCUUUCAGUUUGCACGACAAAGACCGGCAGAGCUCUGAUGUGAGAGGAAUUGCCUGUAAGUGUGACCACUCCCCAAUCCCGAACAGACGCAAGCUUUGUCGCAUGGACGCAGUUAAUCCUUCAUCGCGAAAUCGCUUUUCCUCAGAGUGUGACGAUUCAAUGGCCAGUAGAGUAGAACCUCCAAGUCCUCAGUCUCUACGCAUAAGAAAGGGAGCUCUUCAUGAAGAAAACAGCCUGGAUACAGAGGAGACUGAUGAUUUGUCAUUGGACGACUUUGUGAUCCUCCCCAAUGGACUUAUGCAGAUCCCAAAUACAGAUCAGCAGGUACCAGAAGUGUUGAAUGAAGGCAAAGAGACAUCGACACAAUUUGUACCUGGAAGAACCAAAUCCAUAUACAGCCUGGAUAAGAAUUCUGUACCACCGUUCCUUGUCCGUUCCCGUCCAAAAGCUAUUCGCAUCAGUGGCCGAGUGGUCACCAUUUCCUUCAAGGGAGAUGCACUGCCAAAUCAGAUUGUGGUGGCAGGAGGCAAUAAGACCGGAGUGUUUGUGCAUCAAGUCACAGAAGGGAGUGCUGCACAUUCUGCGGGUGUCAGCCAUGGAGCACAAAUAGUGGAGGUGAAAUACCAACAGAACCAGAAAGCUAUAAGGGUGGUCCUGGAAGAUUCCACUUUAGAAGAAGCUAUGUGGGCUCUGGGCCAGGUCACUGACCUCUGCCACCUAUCUCUUCGGCCCAGACAAGAUGACUACGAAGCUUUGCUGCAACAAUUGCAAAACGAUAAGCUGUCAUCAGGUGACUCCUUCUACGUGCGCGUUAACGUGACCAUCCCAGCAGGUCCAAAAGGGACCAUGGCUGUUUCCUGCAAUGACAUUCUGCAUGUGACCAACACACGCCCUGCCAACACUGAUGACUCUUGGUACGCGAGUAAAGUUGACGCCUACAAGCUUCUGGCACACCAGAGUAGACUUGUACCCAACUACUACAGAGCGCAGCGACUGCUUAUUCGGGCUAUUGAAGAAAUGAACUUUCAAACCCGGAAGUCUGAGAAGGAAGGACAUGUUGUGGCCCAGAAUACACGGAAAGCAGUGAGAAUCGUAAGCACGUGUCAGCAGGGCCGAAACCCUUUGUGGGUCAGCGUGGAAAAUGAAAAGAGCAAAAGCACGGAAUCGGGUGAAACAUCGGCACCGAGAAGUUGCAUGACCCUCAUGCCCUAUACAUUGGUCACUCCCCACUUCCCUCCCAUAUGCAGACCAGUCCUGUUACUGCCCUCUAUUCUGGGACGCAUCCUGGAUAAGAAGGUUGCAAGUUGGCAAGGCUUUGAGCUCUGUGAACCAGAGGUGUUGAGCCCGAGUGAUCACUCAGUACGACUGCAGAAAUCCCAAGUUCUGGAGGAGUGUGGGCAGGGAAGCAACUGCUGUUAUACCCUGCAGAGUGUGGAGAAAGUCAUGAAGAAGGGUAUUCACUGUGUACUCCCACUUGGUUUGGACUGUGUACGUCGUCUGCACAGGGCUGAGAUAUUCCCUAUCAUAAUCUUCUUUUGUCAGUCUGCAAGCAGUGCACGUAAACUCAGGUCAAAGCUUCACCGGCACAGCCUGUCGGAGGAGCAGCUGCUGGUGUGUUCAAAGAGCGAAGAGCCGCUGUUGGACAAACUUCCAUGUUUGUAUCACAAAGUGGCCCCUGACUCGUGGUGUGACCAUAAUUCACUGCUGACCGAGUUACGCAGUGUCCUCUCGGUGGAGCGGAGGAAGAUUGUAUGGGUGGAGCCUGACCUGUGGUAACAAGGAUUUAUUAAAUUAUGUUUAUGCUUACUAUUACCAAUAGUUGUAAACAUGAGUAUGUAUCUAUGAUACUUAAAAAAUAACAUUGUGAAAUAGAAACACAAUGUGAUUUAAUGUCAUUCGUAAUAACUAUACAUGUGCUCACAGUAUUUUGCUGACAUCUGCACAAU